AUGGAGCGGUACGCAGGUCGCGUCGCCCUGGUGACGGGCGCCAACUCCGGCAUCGGAGCCGCCACCGCACGGGCGCUGCUCAGGAGGGGGCUCGAGGUCGUCGGCCUCGACAAGAGGAUCGACAGGGUCCAGCAACUUGCUCGAGAACUGAAGGACGCUCCGGGUACGCUCUAUCCGUUGCAAUGUGACGUCAGCUGCGAGGACAAUGUUCUACGCGCCUUCAAAUGGAUCAACGAGAAUUUAGGAGGGGUCGAUGUUCUUAUCAACAGCGCCGGCGUUUGCAGAGAGAACCUUCCAACAACUGGUCAGACAGCCGAGUGGCGGCACACACUGGACGUCAACGUCCUGGGGCUGUCCGUCUGCACGAGGGAGGCCGUCCAGAGCAUGCUGGACAGAGGAGUCGACGACGGCUUCGUCAUCCACAUAUGCAGUAUAGCUGGCCACAUCAUGCCAUUCGAUCCAUUGUACUCCAUGUACUACGCCAGCAAGCAUGCUGUCAAGGCUCUGCUUGAAGGACUGAGGAAGGAUCUGGUUGCCAGGAAGAGCAACAUACGGUGUGGGGAAAUAUCGCCAGGAAUUGUGAAAACAGCUAUAUAUAAUAACUUAAAAAAGUAUUCGCUUGUAGCACUGGAAAAUAUGCAUACGCCUAUGAUGGAACCUGAAGACAUAGCGGAUGCAGUUAUCUAUAUGUUAUCGCAACCUCCACAUGUUCAAGGGACAAAGAAGCUUCCAAGGAAGUUGGCGGGCAAGAGAGCGCGGCCAAUUAGAGGUUUCAUUAACUGCCGGAGGUGGGCAGAAGCAGACCUGCUGGCUCAACGGAACGUGGGGGUGGAGUCCGCAGCACUGCGUGACGUCACUGAGAGCAGGUCUUCUGAAGCAAUCGGUUCCAAGAGAUCUAAUUUGAGUUGCGAGUAUGGACCAAGGGAUAUAUCGGGAGUGAGCGACCCCCGGAAACAGCAAGCACAAGACGAACUGGCUGUUCGUGGGCGGUCCAUAGAAGGCAGUUCACGUGACUACAGAUGCAUGCUGCGCAGAGCGUUUGCCCAGCCGCUUCUUUCGGCCCGGUGCAAUUCACCGAGGUGA